GCUGGGAGAUCGAGAAUGUAUGCAUGCAUCUCUGGCCCGCAACAUACGGGAGGUGGAGAGGCUGGCUCUUAGUGCUUGGAUUUUGGAACUAGAAGGCGCUUUGCAUGUACAUGGCUGGUACCUUGCCGAGAACGCCAAAUACGCUUACAAACAACACGUGAAAGGGACAAUUCGGUAGCUUUCAUGUACACAAAUCGUCCAUUC